CAACGUCCAAGAAAAUAAAGACUCGAGGCCCCACAAGAUCCUUUGAUGUUUGGAAAAUGCGUGAAGGUCAACGGAUUUCUAUUUCCAUCAACAAUCUAGGGCAGCCCGAUUGUGACAAUGCUAGUAAGCUGACAAAUUUCAUAGGGACAAUAGCACGCAAUGGGGUAUAUGCUCCCCUUACAUUUAAUGAUUGGAGGGCGGUGCCAAAUGCGAAGAAAGAUGAUAUGUGGGGGCUUGUCACGUCCAAGUUUGAGUUUGACGGUAAUGCUAAGGCUUGGGUGCUGAAGUCACUUGGUAAAAAAUGGAGGGAAUGGAAGGGCAAGCUGAAGAAACUCUACUACUCUUCUCAUGAGACUGAUGAGGAGCGGCUCGCAAAUCUUGAUGGGCGGGUCCAAGAAGAUCAAUGGAAGACUCUCGUUCAAUUUUGGAACUCUGAAGAGGGAAAGGCUCGUUCUAAAAAAAAUAAAGAGAAUCGGAAGAAACAACUGAUUAACCACGCGGCAGGCUCGAAGAGUUUUGCGCAAAUAUGUGAGGAAGAGGUAAAUUUUAUUAAUAACCUGACUAACCAUGUUAGUAUAUUUGUGUUAUAUAACUUGUUUGCAUAAUAAUAGAGGAAAAGGGCCAAUGGGUCGGAUCUGAGCCGGGCAGAUAUGUUUAUCUUGACUCAUACAUGCAAAGAUGAAAAGCCUGUGGAUGAGGCCUCAUCAGUAGUAAUGGUAUGUUAAUGUAUUUACAUGCAAGAAGAGCUCCAUAUAAAUGUGUAGCAGCAGCUAGAGUAUUUACACAUUAACUGUUACCAUGUGAUAAUUAUUAUUGCAGACAAAACUCAAUGAAGAAAUAUCUCAGCA